GAUUUGGAGCCUCCUGCUUUAAAUCUCCUCUAACCCCCUCUUCCGCCACCGCUUCAUUUUUGAAUUCCAAAAUCCGAUCACAGCAAAAAAAAAAAAAUCAUAAAUAAAUCUCCUGAAUCAUGCGCACUUACUCAGUUCGAAUCUUUCGGAUCUUUCAGGCUCGGAUCCUCUGAUCGUCAAAUCCAUCCCCAUUGCCGGUUUUGCCUUGCUUUCUCGGCCAGAUCUCUUGGGUCCUCCGCAAAUCCCUGGUUUAGACCAAGUAUCAGAGCUAUUCGCGGUUUCAUGGCAUUUUGACUGUUGUUCUCUUUUACGAGGACUAUUAUUCUGUGAUCUCGCGUCUAUCGUUCUCCUUUUAGUGGUAACUUGCAGGUUAUUGUGAAUGAUGGAUUUAAGUAAACUUUCACCCGGUGGUGGACUUGAAGCAGUCCAUCAAAAUGGUCUUCAUGAAGAACUUGCAGAGUCUGGAAAGCAUGGUGUUGUUUCAAAAGAUGCUGACCCCAGUGUGGCUGAAAUUACAGAAACUGUAGCUCAAAACGGUAAUUUAGGAAAUCAUGGUCUAUUGGAUAACACUGCAACCGAUACAUCUGUCGCAGAAAGUAAAGAAGAAUCAAAUGACAGCACAGCCAGCAACAAUGUGGCCAUUACUAAGCAAGAGCAGUUGAAAAUUACAGAUCAAUCAGAGCAAUUAAGAACAUCAAAGGGUCCUGUCAACACCAAGGCUGUGAAACCUGCUAAUCCUAAAGGUGUUCAUACAAGUGGGCUGAAGAAAAGUAAGGAUAGAAGGGAUGAAGAGGCUAAACCCUCUGUGUUAAAUGGCUCUCUAACUUUGAACCCUCGGCAGACUAUUAAAGGCAGAUCAUUCAAUGACCGCAAGACUCAAAUUUCCAAGCACUCUGAGAAGUCCAAUGCAGCAUCCUCAGGUUCACCCACAGAGAAUGAAAAACCAGAAGCAUUGAAGAAAGGAACUGUUGAUAAAGUUCAAGGAGAAGCACAAUCUCCUUCAAAUAGCACUGCAGAAGAUGCUAAACCUCCCAAGGUGGGCAUGCUUCCAAAGUAUGGAUUUAGUUUCAGGUGUGAUGAACGGGCUGAGAGAAGAAAAGAGUUCUACUCUAAGCUUGAGGAAAAGAUUCAUGCAAAGGAAGUGGAGAAGAGUAACUUACAAGCAAAAACCAAGGAGACCCAAGAAGCUGAAAUUAAGAUGCUUAGGAAGAGUCUAGGAUUUAAAGCGACUCCCAUGCCGAGCUUUUACCAGGAACCUCCUCCAAAAGUGGGGUUAAAGAAGAUACCAACUACAAGAGCAAAAUCUCCAAAGCUUGGACGAAGGAAGAGCUCAGCAGGAUCAGAGUUAGAUGGAAGUCCUAGCAGCAGUGCUCGAUUGGGUCGUCUAAGUCUGGAUGAGAAAGUGUCUAAGAGUAACCCCACCAAGAAAAUUACUCAUGCCCAUCCAAAGAAGCCGCAACGAAGAUCUCUUCCCUCUAAACUUCCUUCUGACAAGACCAGUUCAUCAACUGCAGUCAGUUCAUCCAAGGCACUGAAUGACGAAAAGAUCACAUCAUCAAGUACAGCAAAUAAAGAUACCACCUUGUCCAACACAGGUGAGAAAGAGAAAUGUCAAGGGGAUGCAGCCAAUGAAGAGAAUGGUGCCUUGUCAUGUAAUACAAGUGAAUCUACUUCCCUGAAUGUAGAUCAAAAUGCAGCUCUCUCAGACAAGCCAAUUGAAACAGAGCCUCAAGUAAAUGGUGACAUUGUGGUUGAAGAGCAACCUCAGCUCACAUUGGUGCAGGAACCAGUCGCGGCAGAGCAUUAAGCAAACAGCAGGAACAUAAACAUGUGUUGAACUUUUCAGAGCUUGUGGAGUCGUCGCGUGAAUAUUAAGGCAAAUAGCUGACAUAUUUGACAGUGAAGGCUUGAAGAUUUGCAUUAUAUGGUUUGUAAUGUCAUCUUGUCCAUACAGCAGCGUUGUUUCUUUAAUGUGCUUACUCUUCAAGGUUGCUGGUUUUGUCCUUAUUAGUAUGCUUGCAACAAUGUAACUAUUUUCCGAGCAAUUGUAGCAUACAUUAUUGUAGCAUGCAGCCAUUGCCUGUGUUGUUUAGUGUAUAUGUGGGAAAGUUUUGAGGAAGCUCGGGAAUAGAUGGUUUAAGCUACAGGCCUUGCUUUGUUGAACAGUUAGACAAGCUGUUUGUGUUUAAGGCACCCUCUUACAGAUCAUAUAUACUUUGUCUUUACAACGUUGCUUA